AAAAGAAGCACUAACAUAGAAGCAAAUGCUUAAAUUUAUAGAGAUGAUUCUAGUAGUUACUCCCUCUGUUCCCAAAAAUACUUCCCACUUUCCUUUUUGGGUUGUUCCCAAAAAUACUUCUCACUUUCUCAUUUUGGACAAUUUGUGUGACUCACAUUCAUUUUACUUUUUUCUUACACAACCACAACCAUAUAUUUUCACUUUAUUCCACUUUCUUAAUAAGCGUGUCAAGUCAAACCGGGAAGAAUUUUUAGGAAUGGAUGGAGUAUUAUGUUAUCAAAACUACUUCAAGCCUCAUUGGCGCGAAAACAGUCAUUUAUCGUUCAUAUGGGGGAACCGGAAAUGCCCUCCGAAUUCCUCCAUCAAGCUCACUGGUAUGACUCCGCUCUCAAAUCGGUGUCUGAAUCGGCGGAGAUGAUCUAUGUCUACAAAACGGCGGCGCACGGAUUCUCCGCCAAGCUCACAGAGCAAGAAGCUCUGUUUCUUGAAACUCUGCCCGGCGUCGUCUCUGUUCAGCCGGAGAGAAAGUACCAGCUCCACACCACCAGAACGCCGUCGUUUCUGGGACUGGUUGCUUACCUUUUACCCGGAUCUGCUGCUGAAAGUGACGUUGUCAUCGGAGUAGUAGACACCGGAGUCUGGCCGGAGAUAAAGAGCUUCGACGACCGACGACUUGGUUCGAUCCCAACCACUUGGAAAGGCACGUGCGAGACGGGAACCAAUUUCACCGCAUCGAAUUGCAACUAGAAACUGAUAGGUGCGAGGUACUUUUCGAAAGGGUAAGAGGCAAGUCAGGGGCCGGUCAACGAGACUCUGGUGAGCAAAUCUCCCCGGGACGAUGAAGGCCAUGGGACCCACACAAUCUCCACCGCAGGAGGAUCGCCUGUUCAGCACGCCGGCCUGUUCGGUUACGCGGCCGGAACUGCUCAGGGCAUCGCUAAGAACGCAAGAGUCGCAGCCUAUAAAGGCUGCUGGGUCGACGGUUGUUAUAGUUCUGAUAUAUUGGCGGCCAUGGAAAGUGCCAUCCAAGACGGCGUGGAUAUUCUUUCCUUGUCUCUCGGCGUUGGGUCUGUUGACUACUAUGAUGAUGUCAUUGCCGUUGGAGCAUUCUCCGCCGUGGAGAAGGGAAUUGUGGUAGUUUGCUCCGCCGGGAACGAUGGUCCUAGUCUAUACACCGUGUCCAACAUGGCACCGUGGAUCACCACCGUUGGUGCCGGGACUCUUGACCGUGAUUUCCCGGCUCCGGUAACCCUCGGUAACGGAAAUAAAAUUCCCGGUGUUUCUCUUUACAAUAACAAAGCUGUUCCAUUUCCCGCCAAAAAAUUUCCUUUCGUCUACGCCGGGAACCUCAGCAACGCCACGGAUGGGAAUUUGUGUGUUCGGGGAAGUUUGGAUUUGAGCAACGUGAAGGCAAAAAUUGUACUUUGCGACCGGGGGUCAAAUGCCAGAGUUGAUAAGGGCUACGUUGUAAAAGCCGCCGGAGGGGGCGGGAUGGUGUUAGCCAACACGGCCGAACAGGGAGAAGAGUUGGUGGCAGAUCCCCAUUUACUUCCGGCAACGCACGUGACAAAAAAAUCCGGAGACAUCAUUAAACCAUCACCUGUACUUCCAGCUUUCAGUUCUCGCGGCCCCAACACUAUGACGCCAGAGAUACUGAAACCCGAUGUGAUUGCACCGGGGUCAGCAUUCUUGCGGGAUGGAAUGGGGCCACCAGCACAAAUGGUUUACGAGAAGAUCCCAGACGUGUCGAAUUCAACAUAAUAUCAAGGACAUCCAUGUCGUGUCCGCACGUGAGUGGCAUAUCAGCUUUGCUUAAAGCGACGUACCCGGAUUGGAGCCCUGCUGCAAUCCAGUCUGCUCUGAUGACCACAUCGUACAUAACCUACAUGUCAGGUACCCCACUUAUAGAUGCCGCGACGGGGAAGGAAGCCACACCAUAUGACUCUGGGUCGGGUCAUGUGAACCCCAUGUCUGCAUUAAACCCGGGGCUUGUUUACGACAUAGACACAAACGGUUAUCUAAAAAGAAAUUAGCCAUAAUAGGACUUAAACAUGCUAAAAAACUCAUAUUAGGACUUACCAAGUUUUCUCUCGUUAAUAGGACUUAUACGGUCCUAUCUUACGUUUUACUACUUUAGGAAAUAUCCUAAAUACCCCAGUUCGAAGUUCGCUUGAGAUUGUUUACACGCACGUAAAAUUUAUCGGCCUUUUUCGGUUAUCCAGUUUCAAGCGGUUAAGGAGUUUCCGUUUACUUGUUGGUUGAGUAGUUUCCUUAUCCGAGUAGUUUCCUUGUUCGUCAAUUCUGCAUCUUUUUCCUGCAUUCGUCAAUUCUGAGUACGAGGUCAUAGCUGCCUGUGUUUCGUUCUUUGCAGGGUAUGUUUACUUCAAAUUUAAAGCUUUCAUAAUACUGGCCGUGAUUCUGUUUUCGUUCGUCAAUUCUUCUUCAAUCGUUGUUACAUUGAAGAAUAAAUUUGUUAUAUUAGAUAUACGAUCGCUUUUUCCUGCAUUCUUUUUCCUGCAUUCGUCAAUCCUUCUGUUUUUUCCUUCCAGCUCUGUUUUUUUCUUCAAUUUCAUAUUAUCGAUCCUUUCAUCAUAUGAUCGCUUUCAAAUUCGUUAUAAUCAACAAUUUAUUUCGUAUGUCAUUGUACUCUGUUUUAUUUCAUUAAAUUUCAUCCGCUAGUUUAGAUAUCAGUUUGUAUCUACAAUUUAUUUUGUUUUUGUUAAAUUCUCUAUUCGUCUACCUAAAUUAUGCCCUUCGAACUGUCAUUUAGUUUGUUCGAACUGUCAUGUAUAUGCAUUUUUUGAUUACUCCUUUUUAUGUUCUGUAAUUGUAUAUAAUUGGUACACAUUCUUAUAAAUUGUCAUAUUGUUAACACAACUGUCAUAAUUUUGUCCAAACUGUCAUUUAGUUUGUGCUACGUUCCUACCUGUAUAUGCAUUUUUUGAUUUCACCUUUUUAUGUUCUGUCAUUCAAUGGUACACAUCCUUAUAAACUGUCAUAUUGUUAACAAAACUGUCAUUAUUUUGUCCGAACUGUCUUUUUUCAUACUGAAAUAUUUCUUUUGCUGCAUUUUUUUUGGAACCUUUUUACCACAAUGGAUCCUAUUUUACUUGUUAUGGUCAAGGUUGACGGUUUUUGGGAUUCUAACAAUGUGUUCAACAAUGUCCACACAUGUGGCCUUCAUGUUAACUAUAAUGUUCAAUAUGCUUCUUUUAUUAACUCUUUGAGUGACAUCCUUUCUCAGUACAAAGCUAAUCAUAAUUUCAGGCUUUCUUAUAUGCGAGAUGGAUUUCCUCCUCCUGUUACUAUAAAUGAUCAAUCUACCUUAACAUUUUAUCUUUAUAUCAAGUCUCUUCAACCAGAUUUUUCAUUGUAUCCACUUUGUGUUGAGUUUUAUCCUGUUUCAUCUUCUCCUGCAUUUUCUAUUGAUGUUGGACCAUCUGCUUCUCCUUGGUCUGAAAAUGUUGUCAUUUCUUCACAACAACAUACCCCUUAUGAUGAGAAUGUUGUUGUUUCUUCUUCCCAUGCUUCACAACAACAUACCACUUAUGAGAAUGUUGUUGUUUCUUCUGCCCAACAACAUUCCUCCUCACCUACACUUUCUUUUGAUGAUGGCCCACCAUUUGGUCAAUAUGAAAAUGUUAUGCUAUCUAGGGUAAGUUGUGGCCAAUCCGAAGAUAUUGUUUCUUGUGGUAACACUGUGUCUGCAACUGUAGAAAAUGAAUCAUCUGAAGACAGUGAUGACAUGUCAGAUGAUAUGUCAGAUGGCCUUUUAACUAAAUCAUAUGACUCAUUCUCAUUUCUCCAAAAUUUUGAAAUCAUCACACAGUCCCAUCCUACUUGUCUUCUUCUCCAUGCUAUUUACAAAAAUAAAAAAGAACUUAUCCACCAUCUGAAGAUGUAUGCUAUCACAAACCACUUCCAAUACAGAACUAAGACAUCGAAGAAAAUAUGUUUGCAUGUUAUUUGCUUAGAUCCAAAAUGUUGUUGGAGUGUUCGAGCUGUAAAACUACAUGGCGUAACAAUGUUUCAAAUCAGAAGAUUCCGGCCAGUUCACACAUGCUCUAUUGAUUACAGACAAGGCAAACAUAGACGGGCAUCUGCUAGUGUGAUAGCAAAUAUUAUUGCACACAAAUACCUUGAUGCUUCCAAUAAACCAUACCCCCCAAAGCAAAUUCGUGAGGACAUGAGUAUGCAGUAUGGAAUUUCCAUGUCAUACAACAAAGCUUGGAAAGCACAGAAGAAAGCAAUGCAGCUGCAAUUUGGUUCUGAUCUUGAAUCCUAUCAGCUUUUGCCUUCAAUGGCUUAUGUGCUUGAGAAAACAAAUCCUGGCUCUACGUUUAAUCUAGUCACAGGGAAGGAUGAUGCAUUUUCUACCUUUUUUAUGUCAUUCAAACCAUGGAUAGAAGCUUGGACCUACUGCAGACCUGUUCUUAUAUUGGAUGGUUCUUUCAUGAAGGCUUACUAUAAAGGCACUCUCCUUACAGCUUGUUGCCAAGAUGCCAAUGAUCACAUAGUUCCUAUUGUAUUUGGUAUUUGUGGUUCUGAAACUAAAGCUUCUUGGAAAUGGUUCUUAUCCAAAGUUUGUACAUCAAUAAAGUACAGACAUGACCUGUACGUAGUAUCUGAUAGGCAUAAAGGGCUUAUCAAGGCCGUUUCUGAACUCUUGCCACAUGCUAGCCACGGUUUUUGUGUUGCUCAUCUUGGUCGUAACAUAACAUCAAAAUUCAGAGGAUCUGCAGCUGGUUUGGGAUGGAAGUUCAAAGUUGCCUAUAUGGCAGCAACUAUGAAAGAAUAUGAUGACUACUUAUCCAUGUUGGAUUCUGAAGACCCCAGGAUAAGGACUUGGCUAGACAAAUUAGGUGCUAACACAUGGUCAAAAGUAAUGUCUGGCCCAAAGAGAUAUAAUAUUAUGACAUCAAAUUGUGCUGAGUCUAUGAACAAAGUCAAUGUCUGUGCUAGAGAGUAUUCUGUGACUAAACUUGUUGAUUUCUUGCGUGAAAGGAUGCAGCAAUGGUUCACAAAGAGGAAAGAUAAAGCUGAGAAAACAAGUACUAUACUCACAAAGAAAUGUGAGAAACGCCUGGUAGCUUUGCAAGCUGAAUCCACACGUAUGAAGGUUAAACCAUCAUGUGCAUAUGAAUUUGAAGUUGUUGACAGUAGAUGCAAGUCCUUUGUGGUAAACCUCAACUCUAGAAGUUGUACAUGCGGCCACUUUCAAUUAGAUCAAUUUGUGUGUGUUCAUGUUGUGGCUGCAAUCGGUAUACGCCCACACCUUUCAUGUUAUACGUACAUAUCUCCAUAUUACAUAAGAGAUGUUUGGCUUGCUACAUGGUCUGGUAUCAUGCAUCCUAUUGCUGAUCCUGACAGUUGGUCAAUUCCUGCUACUAUUCAAAACCAGAGAUGCAAGCCACCAAGUUGUUUGAAGCGUCCUCCUGGUCGCCCUAAGAAAUGCAGGAUUCCAUCCAUUGGAGAAUAUAGAGGUUCAAAACGUCAAAAAUGUUCUAGAUGCCAUGUGCUUGGGCAUAAUAAGAAAACUUGUAGAAAUCCAAUUCCAAUUAAUACCCAGUGAUGUAGAUUUGUCCACUCAUUUUAUGUUGUCUUCUGUUUUUUUGUACUUUUAACAAUUCUACUAUGUGGUUUGGACUUGGUUAUCAUUUCCUUGAACGUUUAAGGUUUUGUGUUUUAGCCAUUCUUGGCAUUUAA